AUGGCCACCCCACGAGAGGAUACUUUGAAUAAGUUAGUCGAGGAACGCGGUCGCGUUAAAUCGUCGCUCACGCGAUUUAAGACAUGUUUCGAGACGCAGCGAGCAACCACCGGGGCUGCUGCAUUGGAGGAACGGUUGCACAGAAAUCUCCAUUUACUCGAUAGAUUUGAGUCGAUUCAGGAUCGCAUCGAUGCGAUCACCGCCGGGACACCGGAAGAACACACGCAAAAUCAAAUUCGCGAGGCGUUCGAAAACGCGUAUUUCGAUAUCAUAGGCGCGGUUCGCGAACAUGUUUCGGCUAAGCGUGCUCCGGUUCCGAAUCCGAGCUCUACCGCGCAACAGACGUUUCGUGUAGAUGCUGCAUCACCCACAGCCUCCGUAGCGGCACCCUCGGUUAGAUUGCCGUCAGUUCCGUUGCCCAGUUUUCACGGGACGGUCGGAGAAUGGGUCUAUUUUCGAGACAGCUUCGAAUCAUUGAUAAACCAAAAUACCGUGUUAAGCAAUAUCGAACGGUUUCACUAUUUGAGAUCAGCAGUAAAGGGAGACGCUGCUCGGGCAUUGAAAGCAUUACCGAUGUCAGAUGAAAACUACACGGCCGCGUGGAAGCUCUUGUGCGAGCGUUACGAAGACACAAAUGAAUUAAUCGAUUUCCACGUCGGUGCAUUGUUCGACUUGCCGACGUUGCCAAAGGACUCACCGGCGAGUCUGAGGCAACUUUUAGACGACUUUAACAACAAUUUAAAAUCCUUAACCUCGCUGGAGGAACCCGUCGAAAAAUGGGACACGAUCUUGGUCCAUUUAUUAGCGACCAAACUCGACCGGAAAACGAGCGAAGCGUGGGAUAAACGGGUCGCGGAAAUAGGCCGUAAGAAAACGUUGGCAGAUUUACAGACAUUUCUCGAAAAGCAGUACAAAAUCCUAAUAAAGUCAGUUCGAGUAAUACCUCCGGGUCCGUUCCCUCCGAAAAAUAGGAACCCAGGUCAGAAACCGCAACCUCACCCCAUGACGCUGGUUAGCAUGCAAAGUUUAGAAUGCCCAUUAUGUUCGUCGGAUCAUCCUCUCACACAAUGCAAACGGUUUAAAGCUUUGACUCCGUACGCUCGGUUUAUGAAGGUCAAAGAAUUCCGUAUUUGUUUUAAUUGCCUGCGACCAGGUCAUGGUUCAAACACCUGCAACAAGGGGAAUUGCCACAAAUGCAACGGCAACCAUCAUACGUUGAUUCAUUUAAAAAAUGACUCGACGCCUACCGUAGAUCCCGUGGUUGCAGAUCCCGUCGUUAGUAUAGCAAAUGCAGUAAAUAAUACGCCCCCUCAGAGUUAUGCAACUCAUGACUCGUCGGGAAAAGAGCAUGUUCUUUUAUCCACGGCUAUUAUACAUGUCCUCAACGACAAGGGACAAAAAUUUGAAUGUAGGGCGUUACUCGACCAAGGCUCGCAAGUAAAUAUCAUAAAAGAGUCAUUUGCGAAAUUUGUCGGCUUGAGUUGUAAACCGACCCAAUUAGCGAUCUCGGGGGUAGGGGCCGCGGACGCAGGUAAACGCGCUCAGGGUAAGGCUCGCGUUACAAUACAAUCGCGGCAAAACGGAUAUUCAACUACGAUGUCAUGCAUACUGAUGCAAAAGAUCACUUCCGAUAUUCCCAAUUUUAAAAUCGCCAAAUCAGCAUUGAACAUCCCUGCAAAUGUCAGAUUAGCAGAUCCAUCCUUUGACAAACCGCGUGAUGUAGACAUGCUAAUAGGGAAUGGGCAUUUGUGGGAGAUAAUGAGCGUAGGACAGAAACGCCUGGGACAGGGUCUUCCGGUAUUGCUCAAAUCCCAGUUCGGAUGGGUUUUCGGUGGGAAAAUUCGGGCGUCGCUCAACGCGGAGUCGCAGUCGUGCAAUGUAGUCACGAAUGAUCAAUUAAAUUCACAAUUAACUCGAUUUUGGGAUAUCGAACAAAUCCCAACACUCGGUCACCUUCCAGCUCACCCGUGCGAGGAGCAUUUUAAUGAGACGGUAAAGCGAGACUCCGACGGCCGGUUUAUUGUUACGAUUCCGUUUAACUCGGACCUGGCAAAGCUCGGCGAUUCAUAUUCCAUGGCGGAGCGUAGGUUCUUCGGCUUGGAAAGAAAAUUGAACAGGACACCUGUUCUGAAAGCAGAAUACGUGUCUUUUAUGAGCGAAUACCUCGCACUGGGUCAUAUGACUCAGGUAAGUCGGGACUCUCGAACGCAGGCCGGUCCUGCCUAUUACCUGCCACACCAUGCGGUGACAAAGGCAGCAAGCACAACGACCAAGAUGCGCGUUGUAUUUGACGGAUCCGCGAAAACCAGUUCCGGAUAUUCUUUAAAUGAUACUCAAGAGAUCGGUCCUGUUGUUCAGGACGAUCUAUUUUCCAUACUCAUUAGAUUCAGACAGCAUCAGAUUAUUUUGAGCGCCGACAUCGCCAAGAUGUAUCGGCAGAUUUUAGUCGCUCCCGAGCAGCGAGUUUUUCAACGGAUUCUAUGGCGCGAAGAACCUACGCUCCCAUUAGAAACGUACGAAUUGAAUACGGUUACAUACGGCACUGCGUCCGCGCCGUUUUUAGCGACCUGCGUCCUUCGGCAAAUUGGAUUGGAUCAGUCUCAUCUAGAUCCAGUAAUAAGCCUACCACUUAGAAAGUGGGCCUCAAAUGUUCCGGCAGUGGUUCAAGAGGUUCUAACGGAAUCCAGAGAUCUGAAUUUACAAGCAGAAAAGGACCCAAAGACUCUUGGACUACUGUGGGAACCAUGCACCGAUGAGUUGCGAGUCAGUGUAGAAUCUCAACCAGUCUUACGGACUACGAAAAGAACAAUUCUAUCCGAAGUAUCCAAAAUUUUUGAUCCGCUUGGGUUAGUGGCGCCUGUCAUCAUCCAGGCAAAACUAAUUAUACAGUCGCUAUGGCAAUUAAAACUCUCAUGGGAUGAAUCCGUACCACAAGCGAUUCAUUCCGAGUUCCAUGAUUUUUAUGCGGACCUCAGGUCAUUAACACGGCUCGCAAUUCCUCGGUGCGUAUUGUGCCCGAAUCCUGUGCAGGUAGAGAUGCAUGGGUUUUGCGAUGCCUCCGAACGGGCAUUUGGGGCGUGCAUCUACCUGCGCACGAUUUCAGAAACGGGCAAAGCAUUGACACAGCUCCUCUGCGCAAAGACACGCGUGGCACCGCUUAAAACAAUAAGCCUUCCUCGCUUGGAAUUAUGUGGGGCAUUAUUACUAGCGCAACUUGUGAAUAAGGUUCGAGUAGCGUCCCGCAGUCAAAAGGUCCAAGAAUUCUAUUGGACCGAUUCAAUGAUAGCACUAGCGUGGAUCAAGGGGUCCCCGAACCGAUGGAAAACCUUUGUAGCGAACAGGGUUUCUGAGAUUCAAACACUUUCGACGGGACCAUGGAACCACGUACUUUCUGGGGACAACCCAGCUGAUUUAUUGUCGCGGGGAGUCAAGCCUUCCGCUUUGGACAAGCUAUCUUUUUGGUGGAACGGUCCAUCAUGGCUCGCACAGCCAUCAACGGAAUGGCCAAUCACUGGGUCUAUCCCAGCAGAAGUUCCUGAAGAAAGGGCCAUUUCUUGUAUUGUAAUAAGGGAAAUCGCAUCCCAAGUACCGGGGUUCCUAUUAAAAUUCUCAAACUACACACGUUUGCUCCGUGUGAUUGCGUACUGCUUAAAAUUCUAUCACACAGUAAAACAUAGAGUGAGUCUUCGUAACAAUCGCACCACUCGCCCGUGGAGCACUCAAUUGACGGUGCAGGAUCUUGAUCUUGCAGAGGUAGUCAUCCUCCGAUUAGUACAAGGUAAUGCAUUUACGCAAGAACUGUCUGACUUGCGUAAAAACCAAACAGUGACAUCCAAUAGCCCGCUGCGGUCAUUAAACCCAUUUAUUGACGACAAGGGGCUCAUUAGGGUGGGCGGUAGGCUUGCCAAUGCGGAGCUAAAAUACUACCAACAACACCAAGUGAUUCUACCGAAGAAUCACCAUGUCACGCGAAUGAUUAUUCGUCGUGCACAUGAACGCGUUUUACAUGCCGGUUGCGAAACGGUAUUAUCAAUGGUUCGAACGCGGUAUUGGCCAUUGACGGGACGCAAUCUGACCAAGGGGAUAAUCCGAACCUGCGUUAAAUGUAAUAGAGCUGCGCCAAAGGGUACCAGCUACCUGAUGGGGCAGUUGCCUGCACCGAGAAUACGAAUAAGACCGCCGUUCUUUUCUACCGGUGUCGAUUACGCGGGUCCUUUCUACCUGAAAGAAAGGGUCCGUAGCAAGACGACGACUAAAGCCUACCUUUGCGUGUUUAUUUGCUUAGCCACAAAGGCCGUCCAUUUAGAAGUAGCUUCAGAUUUAUCGACGGAUGCCUUUUUAAAUGCGUUGAAACGGUUUGUUGCGCGAAGAGGCCGGUGUCGCGAAAUAUAUUCAGACAACGGCACCAAUUUUGUAGGAGCACGCAAUGAAAUGCAGAGAAUCAAAGAGUUCUUUGCAGACCAAAAACGAAGGGAUACCCUCUCUGAAUUUACGGUCACUGAGGGUAUGCAGUGGCAUUUUAUCCCACCAUACUCUCCACAUUUCGGGGGAUUGUGGGAGAGCUGCGUGAAGUCCGCGAAACGGCUUUUGACUCGAGUCGUUGGGGAAACUCGGCUAACAUUUGAAGAACUGGCCACUGUUCUGGCGCAGAUAGAGGCGUGUUUGAAUUCUCGGCCACUAUGUCCUGUAUCAACCGAUCCCACAGAUCUGAAUCCCCUCACUCCUGGUCACUUCCUCACCGGCAGCCCACUCAUGGACCUUCCAUAUCCUGACGUCACUGACGUCAAACCUACUCGUUUAAGUCGGUUUCAGCUACUCCAAGCAAUGUCGCAGCACUUUUGGAAACGGUGGCAGUUGGAAUACCUCCAUCAGCUGCAACAGCGACAUAAAUGGAAAAUCGCUGUACCAGAAGGAUUCGGAGUGGGCACGAUGGUCGUCAUCAAAGACGCUAGUCUCCCUCCUCUAAGAUGGAAACUAGGAAGAAUCACGGCUCUACACCCAGGCACUGACCAGAUCACCAGAGUCGUUUCCAUCCGGACAGCCGAUGGAGUCAUAAAGCGACCUGUGGCAAAAAUUUGCAUUUUGCCUACGGAGGAUGAAAGUUCAUCCCCAAAGGAUCAGCCUGGAUCGAGUGUUAAUCGUGACACAAAAAAAAAAUGA